AUGGGUUCCUGGUGGUCAAAGACCGUUUCUGACCCCGCUCAGUACGCCACGCCCGUGGCCGCCGGGAAGGACGGCCAACUGCAUCCUCCCAUCGAUGAAGUCCGAGAAUACGACUACGUGAUCGUCGGGGGAGGUACGGCAGGAUGUGUCCUGGCGUCGCGGCUGUCUGAGGACCGCAUGAGUUCUGUCCUACUCUUGGAGGCCGGUCAGAGCUCCAUCAACGCGUACGUGUACCACCGAUGUACUCCAGAAGACUUUGACGGCUGGGAGCGGGCUGGCGCCAAGGGCUGGGGCUAUGCUGAAAUGGAGAGGUAUUUCCUCAAGUCCGAGCACUACGUCCCUCACUCCGAGUUCCCGGACGUCGACGUCGCCCAGCACGGUACCUCCGGCCCUAUCUAUACGUCGCACGGGCUUCUCGCCUAUGAUGACCCACAUGCGCACCAAGCCAACCUUUAUGGUCACGAUGAUGAUAUGCACGCUGACCAUGAUGAUCUGCAGCCCAUUCUCAAGGCCACCAUCCAGUCAUGCGAAGCGCUGGGUAUACCGUACACGCAGGACAUGAACACCCGGGACGGCACGCUGGGCGUCUCCCGCGUCGUGUCCGCUGUAGAUCCCAAGGGAAACCGCAGCUCCGCCGCGACCGGCUACCUCUCACCGGACGUGCUCGCGCGGCCCAACCUAACGGUGGCAGUAGGGGCUAUCGCGGACAGGAUCCUGUUCUCUGGGUCGAGCCAUGGACAAUCUUUGGGGUCAGGCUGUGGACGGUAUUCGGAAUCGAGUGAAAAACAGAACGGACUCCGCGCCACCGGCGUCCUCCUCAGCAACAAAGCCUCCGUGACAAAGUACGCCGUCGCUGCGCGCAAGGAGGUAAUCCUGACCGCGGGGGUGGUCGGCACGCCCCAACUGCUGCUGCUGUCCGGCGUGGGCCCACGGGAUGAGAUCGAGCCGCACGGGAUCCCGUUGGCGCACGAGCUGCCGGCGGUGGGGAGGAAUUUGAGCGAUCAUAUGGCCGCUGGUGCGCUCAACUUCCGCGCGAAGCCAAACGCACAGACGUGGGACUACCUUCUCCGACCGCUCGGCGGCGCGGUCGCUCUGGCGAAGUGGCUCUAUCAGGGCUUUGGGACGCCUUUGGCAGCCCAGGGCGCGCAACUUAUAUUGUUCUUACGCUCGGAUGAUGAGAAGUUACCCAUGCACGACAGCACCCCCAUCGACGCCAUCCAGGAUUUGACGACCGGGAAGGGGGCUCCCGACAUUGAGAUGCUCGUCGCCCCCCUGUUCGUUCUCAACGACGGCGUCAUGGUCCCGUCGAACAAUGGGAUCACCUUUAGCACCAUCGCACUACAGCCCAAGAGUACAGGCUCCAUCACCCUCCGCAGUGCGCACCCUUGGGACGCGCCACUCAUUGACCCGAACUACGGCGCAGACGACAACGACCUCGCUAUAGUUGCCAAAGCGGCCAGGCUCGCUAUGCGUAUUGCGCGCACGGAGCCGCUCGCGUCGCAGCUUGACCUGCCCGCUGACUCCAAGGACGAAUCCACGUAUUUCUGGCCUGGGGACGCCAACCCGGACACGAUUCCGGACGAUGACCUCAAGCGCUGGAUCAAGCGGAACGCCGCCACGCCUUGGCAUUCUACGUCAUCAGCGCGAAUGGGCGAAUCAUCAGCGACGUCCGUCGUGGACUAUGCGCUGAAUGUUCAUGGGAUCGCUAGCCUUCGGGUCGUCGACGCAUCCGUUUUUCCGACGCAGGUCUCGGGACACCCGUGUGCCGUGGUCGUCGCUCUAGCCGAGCGGGCGGCGGACAUUAUCAGAGGCGCUGCUGGGAAGGAACAAAAGGACUGAAUGGAUGGGCAACCGGAAUUCGGUCUUGGUGGAUGCAUCACUUUCGCUUGAUGGAGGGAAGGUCGAUGGGCCUGGCCUCGUCCGUUUCCUCCCGCUGCUGUAUUGGGCUCAUUAUGGAGUCGCCAGCGCUUGCUUAUGCUGCUUAAAGUAGAUCCUGCGACCUGACCCGCGAUGUACGCCGGGUGUGGUCGUGUAGAUGAAGGGAUGGUCCUCGAAAUCCUGAUCGAUGCUUGAAUAUGCCGC